CCUCAGCUCUCACACUUGUGCUGUUCUUUCACUCUCAUCUGAUAUGCAAUGUCUCGCCAUCACAUGAAGAUCACACUUGCAUCGUUCACUUUAACUCAGGAAACAACUUCAUCUGAAUUCAGUCUCAGUGGAUAAUAAAAGUACACCCCUCUACCUCUUCAUUUUUAUUUUUUUUUAAGAAGAGCUUUUCUAACAUUUUACAAGUACUUUGGAACACAACACAGCUGCAUGAGGUGACUCCAACAGCUCAGGAGCGAUGUCAUCUCUACUGUCUCACAACAAAGAUCAGCCACGGAUCAGAAAGUCGCUUUCUGACUCUUGUCCAGCUUCAUCUACAGCCGCCGCUAAGAGCCUGAGGCAUGAGAGACUCUCGAGAUUGGGCUCGUCUGGAUCAUCUGACGUCUCCAAUGACACAUCAACAAACCACGCCGAGUCCUAUUUCUUACGAAGGGAGAACAGACUCUCUGCAAGGAAAAAGGCAGAAGAAGAGACAAUGAACAAUGACUAUAAAAAGAUGUAUGAAAAGGCACUGGCCACCAAUCAAAGGCUCAAGUCCCGUCUGGAAACAAGUAAACAGGAACUCACCAUGAUCCAGGACCAGCUGCAGAGAGCGCAGACGGGAACAUCAAGUGAUUGUGGCUCCAACCUGCUAGAAGCAGAAAAGAAGGAAAGUUGGAGCCUGAAAAAGAGGAUAUCAGAUAUGGAAGAACAGUUAAAGGUUAAAGCAGAGCUGAAGACGGAAAACCAAAGACUGAAGGAUGAGAAUGGGGCUUUAAUCCGCGUCAUCACUAAACUUUCUAAGUGAGAUGAGACGAAAAGUGGGAGAAGAAGAGCGUAGGGACACCAGAAGCCAUAUUUAUAUCUGUAUUCAUUGUAAAUUCAUUCUCUGAAAGAAUAUAUAUGUACAUAACUCUCCAGAAAACUUGAGCCCAUUCUAGCGAUUGUAAUUAUUUAGCGGAAUGACAGCGAUGUCGGAAUUUCUGCCUGUUGAGUGAUGUGAAGACACAUUUACAGGCGUAAAACCGCAAAUGUACUGUAUCCAUUGUAGCAACACAUUACCAGACUGAAAAUGCGUUGAAUAAAAGUUUAUCUUACGCAUUCACAAUAUAUUUCUAUGUAAAGCCAAA